GGGGCCUCCUUCCCACUGCCAUCCGCACCCAGCGUCGCGAAGGGUUCCUGCCGCCGCCGCCGCCUCGCUCUUCGCCUCGCUCUCUUUUCUCUCUCGCCCGCCACCGGCCAUGAUCUCCUCCUCCGCCCGCAGCCCGCUCUCGGCUCGCAACGAGCAGCAGCGCCUCAGUUCGCGACUGCCGCCGCUGAAGGAUUUGGCGCUGAAGGACAAGGAGAACACGCCUCCGUCGCUCAGCGCUACCCGGGUCCUGGCGUCCAAAACGGCGCGGAAGAUAUUUCAAGAGCCCGGCCUUGAGGCGGAUGCACCUAAAGGAGUGACACAGCUGCCUUCAAACAGUGUACAAGAUGAACCUCUGCUUCGGGAGAAUCCCAACCGGUUCGUCAUCUUUCCCAUUCAGUACCAUGACAUUUGGCAGAUGUACAAGAAAGCAGAAGCAUCCUUUUGGACGGCUGAAGAGGUGGACCUCUCCAAAGAUCUCCGGCACUGGGAAUCCUUGAAGCCUGAAGAGAAAUAUUUCAUUUCACACAUCUUGGCGUUCUUUGCUGCAAGUGAUGGCAUUGUCAAUGAAAAUUUGGUGGAGCGAUUCAGCCAAGAAGUGCAGGUCACAGAAGCUCGCUGUUUCUACGGCUUCCAGAUUGCCAUGGAAAACAUCCAUUCAGAAAUGUAUAGUUUACUUAUUGAUACUUAUAUCAAAGACCCCAAAGAGAGGGAAUUUCUGUUCAAUGCAGUUGAAACCUUGCCUUGUGUUAAAAAGAAAGCCGAUUGGGCCAUGCGCUGGAUUGGGGACAAACAGGCAGCAUACGGAGAACGAGUUGUAGCCUUUGCUGCGGUGGAAGGCAUAUUCUUCUCUGGCUCUUUUGCAUCUAUAUUUUGGCUGAAGAAAAGAGGGUUGAUGCCUGGGCUCACUUUCUCUAAUGAACUGAUCAGCAGAGACGAGGGCUUGCACUGCGAUUUUGCUUGCCUAAUGUUCAAGCACUUGGUACACAAACCAUCUGAGGAAAGAGUGAAGGAGAUCAUCACUAAUGCUGUCAGGAUAGAACAGGAAUUCUUGACGGAAGCACUGCCUGUAAAGCUAAUUGGCAUGAAUUGCACUUUAAUGAAGCAGUAUAUUGAAUUCGUAGCAGACAGACUGAUACUGGAACUAGGUUUUAACAAGAUAUUCCAAGCUGAGAAUCCAUUUGACUUCAUGGAGAAUAUCUCACUGGAGGGUAAAACUAACUUCUUUGAAAAGCGUGUGGGAGAAUAUCAGAGGAUGGGGGUGAUGUCGAAACCUACAGACAACUCUUUCACUCUGGAUGCAGACUUCUAAAUUGAACCCAAGACUGUUUUGAGGUUUGCUUGAAAUAGCUAGCAGUCUGUCCAGUUGUCCUCAAAAUCCUUGCUCUUAUAACGUGUGGUGGUACUUUAGAAAAGUUUGGGAAUUUUGUUUGUUUCCGGUGCUGAUAAAUGUAUUUGUACAAUACAUGGGUCGCUUGAUCAUCAGAAAUAUCGGUGCUUGCUGGUCUGUUCCGUUAUCUGGUCGUAGGUCACCAGUAGUUCCUCCACAGAAAAGCAAGUUAUACGGGGUGCUGUAUAGAAAAUGGCAGUUUCAUGGCCUCUUCUAUGGGCUGUAGACAAGCUGCAGAAGCUACAUAACCACAUUGCCUCUUAGCAGGUUUUAAGUCUUUAUUUACUAUUUUAAUAAUUUGUACAUAAAUAUGGCACUUUAAUAAUAAAGGUCUGUCCUACAAUUCCUUGAAAAGGCUGUGGUAACGUGGGAGUUUAGAAUGAACUCUUUUUAGACUGCUUUUCAUCUUCAUUUCUCUGAUUUACUUGCAUGUAAAUUAAAUACCCGAAGUGCUGAAAUGAAAAUCUCUCGGAUGUGUAUGGCUUCCGAUAUAAGUAGACUUUGUAUAGAAGUAAAAACUUGAAUAAAGCUCCAGUUUUCAAACUGCUGGAUCAAAUGCU